GACGACGACGCCGCGUUCGAGCUCUUCAAUCGCGCCGCGGAGGUGGGCGACGCGGCCGCGCACGCCGAGCUCGGGUUCAUCCACGGCGUGGGAUGGGGCGGACGCGAAAUCGACGUCCCUCGCGCGCUUCUGCAUCAUUAUUUCGCCGCUCUCGGCGGCGACCCGAGAGGUCAGAUGGCGCUCGCGCACCGACACGCCAGGGGCGUCGGCGUCCCGAAGUCGUGCCGCGCCGCGGCGCUGUAUUACAACCCAGCCGCGGAGAAGGUGGUCGAGAGCGUCGACGCGGCGGUGCCGGGGAUCUCGCCGUCGGUGGAGAAGCACAGGCUCAGGCGCGUUACGGACGCGUCGUGGCCCAGCGCGAGAGCGAGAGAGCAGGACGUCGUGCAGUACUAUCAGUACAGCGCGGCUUUGGGGAACGCGAACGCGGCGGCGGCGGUGGGGCGGUUGCUGCACCACGGCGCGAAGGGCAUGACGCGGGACCACAAGGCGGCGUUUCGAUACUUCGCGCAAGCCGCCGCCGCCGGGGACGCGGACGCGACCGCGCACUUGGGGCACAUGCACGCGAACGGGGUGGGCGUGAGGCCGUGCAACGAGACGGCGAUGUCGCUGUUUAAGAAAGCCGCGGAGGACGGCAGCGCGCACGCGCGGUACGGGUUGGGAUACAUGCAUCUCGCCGGGUUCGGCGUGGAGCGAGACGUGAAAAAGGCUGCGCAGUACCUGACCCAAGCCGGGGAGCAAGGGAGCUCGGACGCCAACUUUUUGCUGGGCGCGAUGCGCGCGCGCGGCGUCGGCGGAGAGAAGGACGCGGCGAAAGCGGUCGCGUCGUUCAGCGUCGCCGCCGCGCGCGGGCACGUCCCCGCGACGUAUAACCUCGCGAUGAUGCAGCUCGCCGGAAUAGGGAUUUCGCCGUCGUGCGACGCCGCGACGACGCUUCUGAAGUCGAUCGCGGAGAAGGGACCGUGGGUCAAGGACAUCGAGAACGCGCACGCGUUGUACACGAAGAAGAACCUCAGGGCGGCGUUGCUGCUGUACUCCAAAGCCGCGGACCUCGGGAUCGAGGCGGCGAUGGCGAACGCCGCGCACGUGCUGGAGCGCGCGGGGGAGUGGUACGAGGAAGCCGGGUUUGACCCGGAAACGCGUCUCGAGCGGGCGUUACAUUAUCACCGCCUCGCCGCGGAUCAAGGCAACGUCCGGUCGCUUCUGCGGAUCGGAGACGCGUACUGGUACGGCCGCGGCGUGAAGCGAGACGCGAAGAAAGCCGCGGCGGUGUACCAGCAAGCGAGCGCGCACAGGAGCGCGCAGGCGAUGUUUAACCUCGGGUCGAUGCACGAGACGGGGGUCGGUUUACCGAAAGAUUUGCACCUCGCGAAGCGGUACUACGACAUGGUCCUGACGACGGAUCCGCACGCGUGGGCGCCCGCGAAGAUGGCGCUCUGGAGGCUCGCUCUGCGCGUCGCGAUCGAGGCGCGCGGAGAGAAGAUUGACGAGAUCGUCGGCGUCUUGCGUCGGAACAAAGACUUGGUCGUCGCGGGGAUACUUCUGUGCGCGCUCGCGUGCGUGUUGACGCUGCGCGUGGCGAUGGGGGUCGCGACGACGCGCGACCGGAGGGAGCGCGCAGGCGCGAGCGCGCGAGAGGCGGCGGCGGCGGGGCGGGACGCGAGGCUGGCGCCCGUCGUCGCGCCCGCGGAGUAG